AUGCCUCAUGCAGCAGAGAAGGGCCAGGAAAGGCCAGUAACCAGAUGCUGUCUAAAAUUACCACAGCUGACCAGCAACAGCAGCCUGGUGGCCCAGAGGUCACUGUCCCGAGGGGGUUCAGGCUUCAGGCUCAACCAGGAAAUUUGCUGUGCACCAAAUUAUGCUUUUCCACAGAUACCCCGCUUGUCAUACGGCACCAUGCGGCAACUGAGCGCUCGGCGUGAGGAGCUCAGCCGCUGGCAGACCCAGGCAUCUGAGAGCAUCAGCCGGGUGGACCAGGAGGUCACCACCCUGCAGCAGGUGAGAGAAGUAGCUGAGCAGUGUGUCCAGGAGAAGAUGUCGCACUGCCAGGUGCUGCUGGAGUGUGUGAGGCUCAGGAGCACCACAGGUGACCUGUCCCAGGACCCCGUGCUGCUCGAGCUGCAGAAGGAGGAGCAGCUGGCCCAGCAGAUCAGAGAGCUGGUCCAGAGCAAGAUCAGCAUUUUACUGGACAAACUGAGCUCUCUGAGAGAGAUCCGCACUCAGCUGCAGCAGGAAUACCAGGACAAGGGUGAAGCCAUCAAGAUCAACACCAAAUGUGUGACCUAUGACCCCAGCACCUUGGCCAACCAUCACUAUCCCGACCAAACCACCACAGGCACUCAUAGCUAUGAUCAGUGGCUGUCCCGCUGCAGAAGCCUGAAGCAGACUGUGGACAAACUGCUGCAGGAGUGUUGCUCCUUCAGAGGGAACCUGAAGUACACACUGGCCAAGGUGAAGAACACCUUGGAGAGCCAGCGCAGUGCCACAGACCGCGUCCUGCGGCGGAGGAUCAAUGAGAUAGUCAGGGCCAAGGAGGUGCUGGAGUGGGAGAGGCACCAGGUGAAUGUCACCAUCACGGAUCUGGUGGAGGAGAAGCGACAGGUGGAGGCUCAGCUCAUGAACUGUGAAUCCACCAUGCAGCUGGCCCAGUCCCGCCUGGAUAUCCUCACACAGAGGCCCGGCCGCGAGCUCUGCCUGGACCAGCCUCAGAUCAGCCUAAUGAGUGAAGCUGAUAAUCUGGCCAAGGUUGCAUCUGGACUGCGCAUGAAACUGCAACUCACCCAGCAGACCCUGCAGCCUGAAUACAGGAGCCUGUACAUCCUGGAGGACCAGCUGGCUGACAAAGCCCGUGCCCUGGAUGUGGACCUGAGGUGCCAGAGCCUGUGCCAGCGUCACCUGCCUGUGUGUGGCUCCACUGCGGUCAUUACCAACAAGACCGAGCCCCACCCGGCCCCUGGCCACCUGCAGCCCUGGUCCUCCCUGCACUAGAGCCCAGUGAAGUCCAGCAGCAUGUAGCCAUGU